AUGGCGGUCAGGCACCUCCACCUCGAGAUCGCCUCCCGGACGCUGGUCCGUGCCUCGCACCCGCCGCCGGGCUUCCCCUCCGUCCUCACCGUCUCCAACCUCGACCUCGUCCUCGGGCCGUUCCCCAUCUUCCUCGUCUCAAUCUACGCCGCCCCCGCCGCCGGCCUCGACGCGGUCCUCGCCACCGUGCGCGCCACCUUGCCGUCCUACCUCUCCCGCCUCUUCCCCUUCGCCGGCCGCGUCGUUCUCGACCCGGAGACCAAGAUCCCCGAGGUCGUUUGCAACAACGCCGGCGCCGAGCUCGUCGUCGCCGACGCCGCGGUGCCGCUCGCGGCCGUUGACUUCUCGGAGGUCGACCAGUCGCUGGGGCUCAUCCAGAUACCCUUCGACGCGACCCUCGCCUUGUCAGUGCAGCUGGUCCGGUUCGCGUGCGGCGGGUUCGCGCAGACGCUGGCCACUAGCCACCUCCUUGCGGACGGCCGGGCGUUCACCUUCCUGCUGACAGCGCUCGCCGAGAUGAUCCGCGACGGCGGCCUCUCCCGCGAGCCCCUGCUCGACCGGUCCCUGUUCAAGCCGCGGUCGCCGCCGCGGUACAGCGCGUCGCUGGACGCCGAGUUCGCCCGGUUCACGCCGGAGACCAUGAUCAAUCCCCUCCUAACCGCGACCAUCCGGCGGCGGCUGUACCGCAUCGACGCGGCCGACCUCGCGGCGCUGCAGGCCGCGGCGUCGUCUCCCGGCGGCGGGGGCAGCCGCGCGUCGCGGUUCGUGGCGCUGUGCGCGCACGUGUGGAAGCUCCUCGCGCGCGCCGUCGGCGACGCCAACCCCAGCUGCCGGAUGGCGUGGAUCGUCGACGGGCGGAAGCAGGUGGAGCCGUGGGACGGCGCGCUGGACCGCUACAUCGGGAACGUGGUGACGUACACGGCCCGCGAGGCGAGCGUGGCGGAGCUGCUGCGCGCGCCCUCCCCGAGGUGGCGGCCACGGUGCGCGCGGCCAUCGCGGGGGUCAUGA